GUAAUGAGUUAGCAGUCAUAUACGAAGUAUGCAGUUAAGUUUUUUACCGGCCGUUUAACGACCACGCCCGCGGCAGAUACAGUGCUUUCCCCGGACCUGCAAUCAUGAGGAGGGAGGAGGACUUCGAUAAUUACAGCCAAUGUUUCUUCAUCUCAUUUUAUCAUUACAAAUAAAGCUGACCCCAUCGUAUCCUGUCCGCCAAUGUGAUUCUCUCUCGUUCUCCUGAAAAUUGAAAAUUCCCGGACGCGGAACACGAUGCAACGUUACGAUUCUUCUUUUUCUCCCCAAAGUUAGGGUUGAGUAUUCGAGAAUUCACCGGUCUCUUUGCCUUCUUGAUUCAUCGUGUUUUCUUUCCCACUUCCUCUCACUCUUCCUUCAAUUUCAUAGUUUCUGGGUAUAUACUCAAUAGUUUAUCCUAAUUCGUGCUCCAAGAGGAAACUUUCAUUUGCAAGUCCUCGCCCUUUCUCCUCCAGUUUCCAGGUAUCUCUAUCUGCCUCUAUGUGUGUGUAUUGUGCGCAUACUCUUUCAGGAUAAUUGCUGGGACGAGAAUUAAUAGUUCGUGCUGUCACUUCUGCAGGAAUCUUAUUGAUAUUGUGAUUGUGAUUGAGGAUUUAGAAAACUUAUGUACUACUACGGAGUAGAGGAGAAUCUGUUGGUUUUUCUAUGUCUAUAAUCAAACAGAACUAGGGGUUUGAGCUUUGCUGUAUAUGGUUUUAAUUGGUUGAAUGCUUUGCCCUUGUGUUUUGUUUUCUGAGAUAUUGGUUGUGCAUUUCUUGUCUGUGGAUUUGUUCCAUACUUUAUGAAAGUAUGGAUUUUGACAAUAAGUCGCCCUCCUCGAGUGGCCAGUUCAAGUGCUGUGAGUGUGACUGCAACUGUUCUUUGGUGAAUGGGCCCUUCUGUGGUACCUGGUUACGUUCUGUGAAGCGAAAGCAUGAAGAGUGUGAUGAUACCGCACAUAAGAACAUCUUACCUGAGACAGCAAAGAUUGGGAUAUGGGAUGAAUGUGUUGCCCUUCGUGAAAUGGUCUGCAGCCAGCAGCUUAACAUUCAAGCCUUGAGAAUGGAGUUGGAUGAGGAGAGAAAUGCUGCCUUCUCAGCAACCAACGAGGCAAUGUCAAUGAUCUUGAAGCUGCAAAGAGAAAAGGCAGAGAUUCAGAUGGAAUUUAGGCAAUUUAAGAGAUUUACCGAGGAGAAAAUGGCACAUGACCAGCAGGAGCUAGCUGCUCUGGAGAACCUAUUGUACUCCAGGGAGCAAGUAAUUCAUUCACUGGCAUGUGAGGUUCAAAGGAAUAAACAGAGGAUCACUGGUUUUGAGUUCAUGGAGUCAGAAGCUUAUAAUGAUUGUAGUCAUUUGUGUGGCAGUGAUACAAAUAAACCCGAGAUGUUCGGCAGUGAUUUCGAAUUCCCUCCCUCAAAUUACCCUUCAGUAAAAUGCUUCAAUCAGAAUCAUGUUGACGACGACAAUGAGGUUGUGGACGUUGAGGAAGAAGUGUCUAUGAAGAUCAUCCCACCUUCACAAGAUCAAUUGCAAGAUCUGGAAUCUAGGAUCAACCAGUUGGAGAAGAGUUCAGGGACAAGUCAUCCUCCUGAUGGUGAGUUUUAUGAGAAAGACAUGAUAGAAAAGGUGAUGAUGCGUAGUACAUUCCUUCCAACUAAUGAAGCUAACGAUGCUGAACUUGAAGCAGUUGGUGUUUUAGAGGAACAAGAAUGCUCAAACUUCAAGGAAGUUAAUAACAGCGUUAAUGAAGUUGAAGAUGAAGAUGAAGAUCUAAGUGUUACGAGUGACCGAGUUUACACAAUUGAUUCCGUUCAUCUAGGGGCAGCAUGCAAUGGUGUAACAAAUCCUAAAACAUCUAUAGAGAUAGGUGCUGGUUAUACAACAAAUCCAAGGGAUUCAUUGAACUACACACAUAUGGAAAAUUCUGAUAUAACAAAGUUGUAUGUGAGGCUUCAAGCACUAGAAGCUGAUAGGGAGUCUAUGAGGCAGACAAUUAUUUCAAUGCAGACUGAGAAAGCUCAACUGGUUCUGCUGAAGGAGAUUGCCCAACAGUUUUAUAAAGACAUGCCACCAACAAGGAGAGCACCUGUGAGAAAGCCAUUUAUGACCUGGAGCUUCUCAAUCCUCUCAGUAUUCAAGACUUUGUCUCAAGCUUGUCCUAAAUUGUGAAGAGUUAAAGAUGAAGAUGUAUCAUCUUUGAGAGGCCCCUGAAUCUACGAUUCUACGUAUAGCUAGAUGUCUGAUUUCUGCAAGCACAACUUUUUCUCUUACUAGUUAGUGGACUAGGAAUGCUCACAUCUUGUUCUGGACUCCAGUAGGAUUUUUUAGAUGAUCCUCAGGAGGAGUUUGGUGUUUAAGUAAUCUCGUAUUACCUUGGUAAUGUGAGAUUACCUUGUUUUGUCAGCUUUCCAGAUUACCAAGGACCAAGUGGAUGAUACCCUCUUUCUUCUGGAGAACAAGAGCGCGCCGAUGCAAGUACAUGUUUGGAAUGUCGGGCAGCUAUCCGGGUUUGCUAAUACUCUUGUAUAAGGGGCCUCGUGUAGGGCAGUGGAGAUGUAUUACAAGCACACAAGUCUGAAUCUAGUUGUACACCUCAUGAAACUUGCAGCUAUCUUGGUCAGUAAAGGGCCUUAUUUUUAUAAUUUCAGAAUUGCCAGGGACCAUUUCGUAAUGUGAUCCAAGUUUAGGUGAAAUAGAUGUAAUUGACUCUAAGGUCUCUUAUUUGUAAGUCGGAUUUUGUAUAUUGGAAGUAGUAAAGUUAGGGAAGCAUUUUGUGUAUACAUUCAUAUGUACUACGUUGCAUUUACUUGGUGAUGAAAAUUUAUCUGAUUUUUGGACAUUGUAUAAGUGAAUAUCGCAUAUGGAUAUCUACAAAAAUUGUACAAAAUUUUGUAAAUCACAUAAUUGUCAUGUGAUUCAAGCGUG